AUGGUUAAGAAUUUGACACAGCCAGUUCAAGCAGUCCAAGGUUCACUGAGAAAAUCUGAAAAGUGUAUAUCUCUGCUGCAAUCUCCUCUCAGCAACGCUUUAUCCAAUCCUAUAGACAGGGAUGUUUGCUCAGAACAUUUGACCAUCAGUGGAAGUCAUGUUUCCAUGCAUCUGACACUCGAUGGCAAGGAAGAGAACAAUUUAGUCAACGAUGCUACAAGAAGUAAUGGUAAAGAGGGAACACAUAUUGAAAGUUGUUGCAAUGAAUAUGUGGAUAGGCCCUUAACUGAUGACCACUGCAAGGAGCCAUGUGAUUGUCACCAAUCUGCAAGCUGUUGUGAUUCUCUUACUAAUGCAAAUGUAAGUUCACCACCACGAGAUUGGUUAGAUAUGUCCUCACGGGCUAACGUACCUCUAGCUGAUGUUGACAAGGUAAGGUGUAUCAUAAGGAAUAUAAUACGGGAUUGGACGAUAGAGGGCCAAAGGGAGCGUGACCAAUGCUAUAAGCCAAUCCUUAAGGAGCUUGAUCGCUUAUUCCCUUCUCGGAGCAAAGAACGGCCUCCUUCUUGUUUGGUCCCUGGUGCUGGACUGGGGAGAUUGGCUUUGGAGAUCUCUUGUCUUGGUUUUGUUAGCCAAGGAAAUGAGUUUUCAUAUUAUAUGAUGAUCUGCUCAAGUUUUAUCCUUAAUCACACUCAGGCUGCUGGUGAGUGGACUACUUAUCCUUGGAUCCACAGCAAUUGCAAUUCUCUUUCAGACAUUGACCAACUUCGUCCUGUUUCAUUUCCUGACAUUCAUCCUGCAAGUGCUGGCAUUACUGAAGGGUUUUCUAUGUGUGGCGGAGACUUUGUAGAGGUAUAUAAUGAUGAAAGCCAGAAAGGUACCUGGGAUGCCGUAGUUACUUGUUUUUUCUUGGAUACAGCACACAAUAUUGUUGAAUACAUUGAAAUAAUAUCCAAUAUUAUCAAAGAUGGAGGAGUUUGGAUAAACAUGGGACCACUCCUCUAUCAUUUUGCAGACGCCUAUGGGCCUGAUGAUGAGAUGUCUGUUGAACUAAGUUUGGAAGAUGUGAAAAAGGUUGCUUUCCAUUAUGGAUUUGAAUUAGAGGUGGAGACCACCAUUGAAACAACUUAUUCUGCCAAUCCUCGAUCCAUGAUGCAAAACCGAUACUUCGCCCCUUUGUGGACAAUGAAGAAGAAACAAAAGCCUUAAACUCGAUGUCAUUCAUUGGUUGUUCUUCGGCAAGUGAUGUACUCAUAAUGAAUGUGAUUAAUCACAAGUUAAAUAAAAGAUUUGUUUUAUAUGUGCAUCUAGUUGAUAGUUUAUCUGAGACGAAUUUUCGAUAAAAUGUACUGAUUUAUCUGAGAUUGGACAAGUAAAAUGUCUUAUUGCUUGAAAAAAAUUUGUUU